AUGAACAAUGGGAGUUCCACCCCAGACUUCAUCCUUCUGGGGUUCUCUGAAUGGCCCCAACUGGAACGCAUCAUCUCGGUGGUUGUCCCCAUCUUCUAUGUUGUGAUUCUGGUGGGAAACACAAUGAUCAUCCUGGUAUCUCACCUGGACCCCAAGCUCCAUAUGCCCAUGUACUUCUUCCUCUCCAAUCUAUCCUUCUUGGAUCUCUGUUUUACCAACACUGUUAUCCCCCAGAUGCUGGUAAAUAUGUGGGGUCCAGAGAAAUCCAUUUCUCAUCUUAGUUGCAUGCUCCAAGCUGCCAUCGCCCUAGACUUGGGUGCCACAGAGUGUCUGCUCUUGGCUAUGAUGGCCUAUGACCGCUAUGCUGCUGUGUGUCAGCCUCUGCACUACGUAGUGAUAAUGCACCCUAAACUCUGCCACAGGAUGGUGCUGGUUGCCUGGUUAACUACUGCUUGCUGUGACGUACUUAUUUGCACUUUGACUUUGAGAAUGCCAAGAUGUGGGCACCAAGUGGUAGAUAAUUUUUUCUGUGAGAUCCUAGAUCUCAUCAAGACUGCUUGUGUCUAUUCAAAGGUGCUUGAGGUACUUUUCCUUUCUCUCACAGUGGUAUUUCUUCUGGCACCUCUAACAGUGAUUCUCACCUCCUAUGGUGCAAUCACUCGCGCUGUCAUGAGGAUCAAGGCAGCAACAAGAUGGCGGAAUCUCCUCAACACCUGUGACUCCCACCUCACCGUGGUGACCCUCUUUUAUGGGACUCUCAUCUCUAUGUACAUGAGGCCACAGAACAACUCCGCCCAAUAUGAAGGAAAGUUCAUUGCUCUGGUGUAUAUGAUACUUAUACCAAGCCUUAACCCACUCAUUUACUCCUUAAGAAACAAAGAUGUAAAGAAUGCAGUCAAAAAAAUCCUGUGUGUCAAAAUCUGGUCAGCGAAAUUAUGA